UCGCCCGUAAACCUUCGACGAGGGAGGAUAGCCGAUAGCGCGUUCGGGCCGGUCAUUACGUUCGCGAUUAACUUGCGUUAAAUGAUCGCACGCGAUGAUGAUGAUCCGCCCGAAGGAUCGUUGUAGUUAUUGUAGUACGCGCGAUCGCCUUCCGUGAUUGGCCGACAUGUGGCGUGGCGUUUCUACGUGAGACGUGAGAGUGAGAACGCGACCGAUUAAGUAUGCGGCCGCCUUUGUGAUCGUCGAUCGUCCGCUUGUACUACCUUCGCAUUCGAAAAAUCGCGCUCCCGCUGAUUGCUGAAUCGUGGAUCGUUAUUGAUCAUUGCUGCUUGUGUGCGUGCAUGCAUGCAUGCAUGCGUGCGGGUGUGCGUGCGUGCGUAACGUACGUGCGCAUGUGCUCGCGUAAACAUGGUUUUGGUUUGUUCCGCAAUGACGCAAACUGCUCCUUCUCAGGGGCCGGAAAGAAACAAGGUCCGUUUCAACAAAGUUGUAUAAAGUAAAGUUUAUUUAUACUUUAUCUUUAAAAUAUAUUUCUACGUUCUAAAUUAUUAAAUUGAAGUGUAUGCGUGCAGUGCGUGUGUCGCGUGUGUGAACGUUCAUCGAGUCGCGUUGAAAUCUGAUUGUCGGUUGUUGGAAACCAAGACCGAAUCUACCCUGGAGAAAGACAAAGACUCCGGUUAACGUGAUCUCAUUUAACCGAGGCGCAAGUUGAUUAUUAUAAACUGCUCGUUAAGUCGAGAUUGAAUUUGACGGCUCGCUUUAGAUAAAGCUGUGGACAGGACCGUACGUAUGACAAGAAAAGUUUCUAAUUGAAAUUUUCGUAUGAGAGCAGAGAGAGAGAGAGAGAUGCACGAUCCUGAUCCCGAUCCCGGCAAGUCGCUCGAUCGACGGCGCGUGGCGAGUGACAUACACUGAAAAUUUGACGUGACGUUUACGAUAGCGAUUUGGAAAACGUGUUUUGGAAACGUGGAAAAUGCGUUGGAUAUUGUUGCCGUUGUUGACGUUGGUACGGGCGAUAUGGUGCGCGCACGGCGCCUGCGAACCGAUCAGGAUCGAGAUGUGCCGUGGCCUCGGCUACAACGUCACUGUUAUGCCGAAUCUAGUUGGUCACGAGAUUCAAGGGGACGCCGAUUUUACUUUACAAACAUUCAGCCCGCUCAUUCAAUACGGAUGCAGCGCGCAAUUGCACCUGUUUUUGUGUUCGGUAUACGCCCCGAUGUGUACCGAGAAAGUCCCCGCACCUAUCGGCCCUUGUCGAGGUCUAUGCGAGCAAGUGCGGGCUCGCUGUUUCCCGGUUCUUCAGGGAUUCGGCUUUCCCUGGCCCGCCGCGUUGAACUGCUCCAAGUUUCCACCGGAGAACAAUCACCAGCACAUGUGCAUGGAAGGACCGGGCGAGCCAGGACCGGCUAAUCCUAUCCAGGCGGUGAGCACCAGCAACGGACCCUGGGGCUGCUCCUGGUAUGCCAAGUCUGGAUUGUACAUCUUCCUAAAUCGCUCUGGAAGAUGCGCCGCCGCUUGUGACGCCGAUAUCCUCUGGUCUCAAAAGGACAAGAGGCUCGCGGAAGCCUGGAUGGCCGUGUUCGCGACGGUAUGCCUGGUCUCCGUCGCGAUCGCUAUCCUGACACUUUUGAAGCCGCGCAAACGACCUAUAUUAACCACUACCGCAGAGCGGGCGAUAGUCUUCUUGACGAUCUGUCAUGCGGCAGUCGCAAUUGGCUACGUGAUUCGAUUGGCUGCCGGCCGGCUAAACGUCGCCUGCACUCCCGCGAUUCCGUUACAUCCUCAGGAUCAAGCUGUCUUGGCUCAGCAGCAACAACAACAACAGCAACAGUAUCUAACGCAAGACGGUCUAGCUAAUCCGUAUUGCGCCGUCGUCUUUUUACUACUCUACUAUUUCGGAAACGCAGCGAUCGUUUGGUGGGUCGUGAUAUGCGCCUGGUGGUGCAUAAUGGCCAGAAAAUGGACGAGGACGAGGACGGCCGGCAACUACAAGGAGGAUAGUUUCGGACCGCAGCAGGGAUUCUCAACCGUCGGUGCCGUCGCGGCCUGGGGCCUCCCCGCCGCGCACACUAUUGCCGUUCUGGUCACGCGGGAUGUCGACGCCGACGAGUUGACCGCAAGUUGUUUCGUCGGUCAGCAGAACGCGCAUUCCUUGCUCGUGUUAGUGCUGGCGCCGCAAUUCGUCUACCUAUCGUUCGGCGCAACGUUCCUUUUAAUUGGCUUGGCGACAUUGGUGUUACCACGACGGCCGGCGGUGACGCCGACGUCGGCGUCGAUGUCGACGUCGACAUCGACGUCGUCGUCCUCGUCGACGGCGGCGGCGGCGGCGGCCGCGGCGGUUUUAACGGCGCUAACGGCGUCCCACGCGAAUCCGCUGAUGCGGCCGCAGCGCGAGAUCCCCGGCAAAUCGUCCCCGGCUGAGAUUCACCGACGGCAAAAGCAGCUGUUGACUCGCGUCGGCAUAUUCGGCUGCCUUUACGCCAUCCUGACAAUUUGCCUCGCCAGCACGACCUUCUACGAAUGGUGGGGCAGGGAGACGUGGCUUCGAGCCCCGGAACCGUCAACGGCGCCGCGCAUUCCCGCUCGGCCUCUCCUACAGUUUUUCGUCUUGCGCGUAGUGGUGACCCUCGGGGCCGGCGUCAUGGCCGCCGCGUGGAUCUGGUGGCCGGAAGUGACGAGCGCGUGCCGAAAGCUGCCCCACUGUAAGCAACCACCGCACAAGUGCCAUCCGGUGCCCGUCGUGCACUGUUACAACGCUGCCACCGCCAGCAGUCCCAUACCUCAUCAGAUUCAUCAUCUCGCUCAUCUCACACCGCCGCAGCAUCCUCUGUUGCAUCAACACGCGACGAUAGUGAAUUCGCAGAUGCCACACAGAAAUCAUAAGAAGCAUCGGAAACACCGAAAGCAUUAUCAUUCGGGUAGCGAGACGCAAGUUUGAACGAUAGUCACGCAAACGCGUCGCAAUGCAAAUAUUGCAAUAGUUUGUUGUUCAUUUUUUACGUAUAUGUACCUAGUGCCUUACGUAUCUUUGGAUAUGACCCUGAUGAUAGCCGGUCACUUCUGAUCUUAUCCGACCUAGGUAGUCUUAGAAUUCCAUCCAGAGCCAACGAUAACACGUAGCAUCUGAAUUGUUGCGCGCAACGAUCUUGAAUGUAAGCUCGGACUGCGAAUUGCGAACACCGCCCAUAGAAACGAUAGAAAUGUAAUGUAUUUGCCUUGUAUUUGCCUGCCAACUUUUUUACGUAAUUUUUACACAUAAAAUCAUCCAUUCUAAGUUAUUUAGCAUCUUAAUUAAUGGCCAUACACGUUACUUCGAUAAUAUAAUUGUCCAUUAAUGCGUCUCUUUCAAUUUUGUUUCAUAUUGUAGUUGUAACACGAUACAUAAAUUUAAUGGCAUUUCUCUCCAAUUUGUAAAUAGAAUCGCGUGCCAAAGUCCUGUAGAACUUAAUAUCCUCGUCGCAGGAUAACAUAAAAUUUUUAAUCGCGUCGCGCUGAACAAGCGAGCUUAACGUUCUCGCUUUCGUUCUUGUAGAUUUAUUGGAAGACUUAUGUAUUUCGUAUCAGCGACAUAUCAGCGUUGUCGUGAUAUAGCGCGUAGCGCGUCUUCAUUCGCGGGUACGCCCAAACAUUCGUGGGUACGAGAGAACGGUCGAUGCUAAAUUUAAACCUCGAAGAAUCGUGGAAUAGGGGCGGAGGGGAAGAAUACGUUUGUUUCGAUCUCCGUCCUCCUACGUCGUGCAACGCCAUGAUCGUGUAAACUGUAAACGCAUAUAUAUGUACAUACAUACGUAUAGGCUGCGUUCCGAUAUUCACUGUCAGUACUGAAAAUUUUAAGUUUACGUGUCGUAAACUCGUAAACUAUGGAUUUUCACUAGUGAUAGUGAAUAGCGGAACGCAACCACAGAUACAGAAUACUGCGUAUAAUAAUUAUAGGACGAUCGCACUUAAUUCUGUGAUGUACAAUUUCUAGCGGUGCGAUUUUCAUAUGCAACCAACUUUAACCGUUGUUAGGAAAUAAAUUUGACUCGUAAAAUGUCAA